AUGAAAUCAAUAUUAAGUUCAAACUUACCAAUUCUACUACUUCUACUAUACACCGUAUUUGCCAAUGAAAUAUCCAAUUAUCAAUUCAAUUUUUUAUCACAAGAAGAUUACAUAAUUCAACAACAAAAUAUAACAAAUGAAGUACAACAUUUUGAUACAACCAAAAGAAAGACAUCAUCAGAAGGAUUACAAGAAUUCACACCCAUAAUAGAUACAAUUUUACAAUCAGAAGUUAAAUAUUAUUCAUUUAGUGUAAAUACUUCAUCAGGUUUAGGAGAAUUUUAUGAAUUAUUAAUUUUUUUAUCAGGUAAUAUAUGUACUCAACCAGAUAAUUUACCUGAAAAUCAAACUAGUUUAGCAGUAUAUUAUAGUUUUAAUUCAACAAUGUUUACAAAUAAUGAAGUUGGACAAAUGAAAUUAUUUAAAUAUGGUUAUUUUCAAGCAUUGGCUGAUUUACCAAUUGAUAAAACUACAAAAUCUGCAACUCCAACAUCAGUAAUACCUAAUCCACUUGAUGAUGAAAAAAUCUUAUAUAUUGCGGUAAGAGCUCCUCAAAAUACAAAUAUUACUGCAAGUUGGACUUAUCAAAUUGGUGUAUCACAAAAUGAUUUAGUAUUUCAAUGGGAUGAUAGAAGUUUUGGAUCAAUAGUUGAUGCAGAUGAUAAUACUGCUUUGAUUGUAACUGAUAAUUUAACAGCUCAUGCUAAUGAUUGGGAACAAUUUAAUGCUUCAAAUUCUAAAUAUUUCUUAUAUAUUUAUUCUUUAGAAUAUAAAGAUUAUUUUGAAGGUAUGAAUAAUUCUUGGUGUGCUGUUAGAUCAGGUCCAGCUAUAAGAGGACCACAUAAUGUUGAAUCAUCUUUUACUACUAGGAAUGGUGGGUUACAACAACAAUUUAUGAUUAGAAAUCUUAAUGAAUCUACAAAAUAUAUUGCUUAUAUAGUUGCAGAUUAUGGUGGGACAAAUUUUGGUGGAGCUUUAUAUCAUCCAUUUGAAUUUGAAACAAUGUCUGGAACAGCUUGUGAAUUAAUUUAUGAUUUAGAAUUUUGUAAUAGAGUUGCUUAUAGUGUACCUGCAAUAGGUGAUCCAGCAUAUAAUGAUGAUAAAAAUGCAACAAAAUAUAUUUAUGAUAAUUAUGCUCAAAAUUUAUAUGAAAAUUUUACAAAAGCUUUACAACAAAUUCCAUGUGAUACUGUACCUGAAGCAAUAUAUUCAAAUUUAAAAAGUUGUGAAGAUUGUGCUGAAAGUUAUAAAGAUUGGUUAUGUGCUGUAUCUAUACCUAGAUGUAACACUAAAAAUUCAACAGGAUAUAAAUUAAGAAAUUCAUCAAAUCAACGUAAUCCCUUUAUGAGAGAUACAAUUUCUCCAAAUUCAGAUUAUUAUGAAGUAUUACCUUGUGUAAAUGUAUGUCAUGCAAUAGUAAAAGAUUGUCCAGCUGAUUUUGGGUUUUUAUGCCCAACUAGAAAUGAAAGUAUUUCAUUAAGUUAUUAUUGGGAUUUAAAUACAAGUGAUCAAUGGCCAAGUUGUAAUUAUGUUGGUAAAAUGCCUAAACCAAAAAGUUGGGGAUUAAAAUUAAUUGCAAAUAAUUGGUUAACGAUAUUUGUAGUUAUUAUUAUACAAAUCUUAUAG